AAACGAUAUGCGAUGAUACUUAUUACCGUUUGCAAAAGUCGUGUGGGAAGAUAUAUAAGUUUGUUAAAAAAAUCGAGGGAGACGCUCGCAGGGCCGGACACACUGUGAGCAUCACCGUAGCUAAAGCAGGAUACAUUCGGGGCUGAUGCGAGAGUCGCAAGAGUCGCAGAGGUGGUGCACCAAGAUAGUCACCAAACGGGGUUGGAUCUACUCUCCUCCCUCGUGGUUGCUCUCUCUGGGAGGGGAGAACCAAAUGGAUCACGACGAGCAGCAGGUACCUCCCCAGCAGAGGGUCAUCGGGUACUGGAUAAACGAGAAGAAGAGGCUCAAGUACAACUGGGAUGAGUUUCGCGAGAUCUGCGCUAGGGAGGGAUUCGCCGUGAAGAUGAUAAACAUCGAGACUAAUUUAGAUUCUCAGGGACCAAUUCACGUAUUUUUCUACAAACUUACUGACAUACUAGCUCACGCAGAAGAUGGUAAUAAGCACGCUAAAGUCAUCGUCACCAGAUUGCAAGAUUACAUUCGAAAGCAUCCAGAACUGAUUGUCAUAGAUCCUUUUGAAAACGUUCAAAAUUUGCGCAAUCGCUUCAAAUCCUAUGAAAUGAUACAAAAUGGUCUACAGAACGACGAUGAUAUCUUCAUUCCAAAUUUUGUUGAAGUCAAAACAAAAAAUACGAAUGAGAUAAUGAACACAUUCAAAGAAAAUGGAAUAAAGUUUCCGUGUGUCUGUAAGCCUCUGAUAGCUCAAGGAUCAAGUGAUGCACACAAGAUGAUGGUGAUUUUUAAUGAACAAGGAUUGGCAGAUUGUCAGCUUCCUUGUGUCGCUCAGAAUUUCAUCAAUCACAAUGCCAUUUUGUACAAAGUAUAUGUAGUUUCGGAUCAUUUUUGCUUCGUUGAAAGACCUAGCUUCAAGAACUUUUAUGCAAAAGACUGUGAAUUGAUGAACACUAUUUUUUUUAAUUCUCACGAUAUUUCAAAAAGUGGUUCAAAUUCCAAAUGGUCCAUCAUUUCAGAGCAAGAAAAAAAUUUCACCAUAAAACCAAAAUACGAAGUUUUUGAGAAGAUCGUCAAAAAGAUAGAAAAUAUUUUCGAGCUACUUCUGGUCGGGGUAGACGUCGUAAUAGAAAACCACACGGGGAAAUACGCCAUUAUUGAUGUCAAUGCUUUUCCGGGCUAUGACGGCUAUCCAAAUUUUUUUUGUGACUUGAUAGGAAGCAUAAAAAAAGUCUUAAAUGACAAAUUGCCCUCACAAAAUAAUGAUAGAAGUCCAACUUUAAAGAAAUGCCUUAGCGACGAUCUUGACUCUGGUUUUGAAAGUGACGAGAAAAAAAAGCUGUCAAUGUUGUAACAAUGAAAGUAAGAUGUGUCGUACAACGUUGUUUUUUUAAAAGAACAAGAAAGUUAUUUUGGGUAUAUUUUUUUAAUGCUGUUGAAAUAUUUUAUUUAUAUUGUUGCACAUCUUUUUUUGUACUUAACUGAGAAAUUUGUUCAAUACUCAAUGUGUAUAUAAAACCGAAUAUUUAAAACUUUUGUACAUAUUACGAGAUGCUUGAAUUAUUUUUAUUUAAUUAAGUAAGCGUCUGUUCAUGCUUUCAUUGCUGGCAAUGGACAUGGCAUGUAUUAACAAGAAAUCAAUCCAGUUUUUCAAGUUUACACUUGUUUUAUUUUUUAGUAAAUUUUUCUAAGAUGAAAUGAUAUGCAAUAACUUUGUUAAUUUUAUCAUGCUAAUUUGAUUUUGUUUGAAUGUAAUUCGUUAUAGGCAAUAUGCAGCGAAAAACGAAUAAUGGUUUAUUAUCACAUUGGAUGUGCAAAAAUAAUUUAUGCAGCAAAAUUUUCCUGCAUAAUUUUCUAGUUAAGAGUUAUUCAGUUUGGAAAUUAAUAUAUAAAUGAAUAAUUUAUUUCAACGUUACGUUCCUAGUAAUGGUUAGACUUGCUGAGUAUAUAAAUGAUUUUUGGUUUAUCA